AUGCUCAUAAGCACCUUAUACCAAUCGCUGACUUCCAAGGAGGAUCUCUCCAGCGCCAAACCACGCAAAUACAGACGUACCAACAGCUUUAAUCCCAGCAAGGUUAGAAUUCACAAUAUCCAAGUCAGGCAAAUACAAGACGUGGGCGAGGAAGAAAACUACGUGCCCAAACAUUUCCAUUCGAGGAAAUAUAAAGACCACGUCUCAAUUAUCAUCAUGCAUGAGCAUGACAUGCCUGGAAAAGUGAGGGAGGAGAGGAAUUCCCUAGGGAAGGGGACAGGGUUUCCGGAGCCUUUAUGUGAAGAUCGCAACACUACACUCCCACACCCCGACGCCGAUACAUCCCCAAACGCCACAAUUGAAGCAAAAGAUAUCCCGCCCGUCCGAGUCCAUUCCCGGCAUCGUCUAUUUCUCGGCAGACACCAAUCGAAGACACGGUCUCAUGGCGGAACUCUUAAUGUACAGCCGAUGGGGCUGUAUGACAACAUUCAAUAUGCCGACGGGAGUGUGGAAGAGAUUGGUUUGAUGGAGGAGAAAAGUCCAGACAAGGAGAGUAAACACGAUAGUGUUAUUGAUGGUGUGGCAAGUGCGAGUGAAGAGACAUUAAUCAACGCGAAGCACCUAGAGGAUAGCGAGCAUGAUAGCGAAAAAGAUAGCGACAGGGAUACCGCGAGCCAGCGUGGAGAGAAGAAGAGACGCAGAGUCCUGAGAAAACUGCGCUGGCAGAAAUCAUGA